GCAGUCGUUCGAGUCGACGACUCGACGCAACGGGUGCCUCACAGGGCGGGUACUGUAUGCUCCCUGACAACCUGACGAGAGCGAGCGGCACCACGCCCUCGGAGACUGCAUGUUCGUCAGAUCUCAGGCGUCAGGCUGGCGAGGGCCGCGCUGCGGAUUGGUUGAACGCAAACAAAGCAGUGAACAUGAGAUCGCACUACGUGUGAGAGCCAAAGAUAACUCCUGCCUCGCGGAAUCCUCGUGUAGGCUGCCUCUGCUACGUGCGAGGUGUAAAGUCCGAUUGCUGUGCGCGAUGCGCCCCUGCUCUGGCUCACACAGCGUCUCCCGCAGGCGUCUUGUGGUAUUCGAGUCCGGGUGGGCAGCGCCGCGAGCUGGGUCUUUGGUAAAGAUGCAUCGGCAGUCUGGACGUGCCGUGGGUGUGAAGGAGGGACGGGGUGGGCAGGCGCCGCCGUCUUACGUCCGUGAGCAGUAAGCACCGCGUUGCUGGGCGGUCUGGGAGUGGGACCCUGCCUCUGUGCAGACGUGCGAAGGUUCGUAGGAAGGUGCAGGUACUCGAAGCAGGGCUAGGGCUGCGCCCGUCAAGUACGGCCAACCUUCUAGGACGCGUCUUA